UCGGCUCCGCGAGGGGAGGGAACGGAACGGGACCGAGCGCCGGGACACGGAGCCCCCCCCAAGCCCCGCUCCCGGCCGGCCGAGCCCUCCCUCCCUCAUUCCUUUCCAUUCCCCCGGCCGGUACCGCAGCCGGCCGCCCGCCCUCGCCGCUUUAUCCCUUGCCGGCCGCCGCUGCUCUUCGCCACCCGCCCGCCCGGGCCCGCCGCAGGCCUGAGGGAGAGGCGGGAAGGAUGCCCCGCACGCCCCGCCGCUGAGGGAGACUCGGGGGCCCUGACCGCCGCCUCCGGCCGGCCCCAGCCCAGCCGCUCCUCGGGGCUUCCUCCUGCCGCGUCCCUCCCCUCUUUUCCCCCCGGGCUUCCUCGCUGCUGGGCCGGGCGCUCGCCUCUUCCUCCUAGCCCCCAGCCCCGCUCCGCCUGCCGGGCCUCUCCGCCCGGCCCUUCCCUUCCCCGGCUCUCCUCCUCCCGGGCCUUCGGGCUCGUCGCCUUCCUCCCGCUUUCCCUUACCCUUCCCUGCCCGGAGCCAUGUCCUCCGCCGCCCGUUUCGAUUCGUCGGACCGCUCCAGCUGGUACGUGGGCCCGGUGUCCCGGGCGGAGGCGCAGACGCGGUUGCAGGGGCAGCGGCACGGCAUGUUCCUGGUGCGGGACUCGUCCACCUGCCCCGGGGACUACGUGCUCUCGGUGUCCGAGAACUCCCGGGUUUCCCACUACAUCAUUAACUCCCUGCCCAACCGCCGCUUUAAGAUCGGCGACCAGGAGUUCGACCACCUGCCCGCCCUGCUGGAGUUCUACAAGAUCCACUACCUGGACACCACCACCCUCAUCGAGCCUGCGCCCAGGUAUCCAAGUCCACCAACAGGAUCUGGAUCUGCCCCUCUGUCCACUGCAGAAGAAAAUUUGGAAUACGUUCGGACUCUGUAUGACUUUCCUGGCAACGAUGCUGAGGAUCUUCCAUUUAAAAAGGGUGAAAUACUGGCAAUUGUAGAGAAGCCAGAAGAACAGUGGUGGAGUGCCAGAAACAAGGAUGGUCGGAUUGGGAUGAUUCCUGUUCCUUAUGUAGAAAAGCUAGUCAGAUCUCAUGGGAAGCAUGGAAACAGGAAUUCCAACAGCUACGGUAUUCCAGAACCUGCCCAUGCUUAUGCUCAGCCUCAGACCACAAGUCCCCUUCCCUCGGUAUCCAGUACACCGGGAGCAGUGAUCAAUCCUCUGCCGUCAACACAGAAUGGACCAGUCUAUGCCAAAGCUAUCCAAAAGAGAGUACCCUGUGCUUAUGACAAGACUGCACUGGCAUUAGAGGUUGGAGAUAUUGUGAAGGUUACAAGGAUGAAUAUAAACGGUCAAUGGGAAGGAGAAGUCAACGGUCGAAAAGGGCUUUUCCCAUUCACGCAUGUCAAGAUAUUUGACCCUCAAAACCCAGAUGAGAAUGAAUGAUUCCCUCUACCCGACUUACACUGCUGCUUCAUUUUCCUGGCUAUCAUUAGCAUUGUUUGAGGUGGAAUGACUAAACGGCACGUUGCUAGCAUUGCCCAUUUUCCAGCUUGCUGCAGUUUGACAGUUCUUUUAAUAUACAUUUGGAAUACAUACAACCGAAGUCACUGCCUGACCUUCAUGCCGUAGUUGCAUCAACCAGAAUUUGGUUUCACUUUUAAAACUGUAUUGGGCCAUAAGCUGGAGAAGACUGAACCGUAAGGUGUACGGCAGACAAGUAUGGGAGGAAAACCUUUCUUAAGACUUCCACGGACUUGUUCUGGCCUGCUUAGUAGGAAGAGCCCUAACCUUAGAUCAAACAUGCAACUCAUGUGUUACUGUCCAACAAAAAGCAACAACAAAAAUGCAAUUUUAGGACUGGAGAAGACUUAGUCUUAAGUGAACCUGUCCUGAGGUAGUACAUUUACGAUGAUGGUCUCUUCAAAGGACAAUAAUUGAAGCUAUGUAUUCUAAGCAGUUGUAUUAGAAACUGCUCGUUUCUGUUAACUCUUGAGCUUGUUGUUGACCUUCUUGAAACGGUGUGUGUUAAAUACAGAUAACCAUUGAUUGAGCUGCAUUGAAGCUGAGGCAUUUAUUUAUAAGGAAAUUUAGGAGGGGUUAAUACUCGUAACUCAUUUUUGACAUACUUAACGCAUUUCUGUUGAUUUUGCAAGCACUAACUAUAGUAAGUGAGCUUUAAAGGGAAACACUUUGGCCUGGUCUACGUGCAGUUCUUCUGCUAUGCUGGAAGUUUGGUGUACUACCACAGCAGUGCUUGUCACCAAGCUGUCACUUGGUAGACAGAGAAGUCAGAUCACCACAGCAUGGAGAAGUACUAAAAGGACCAGGACAGAAGAACCUGGUGAAUACUGAUGGAAUCCUCUUAUUUAAGCAUAAACCUUUUAUACCCAUUUCUCCCCAGGUUCCCUUAUCACUCCAGAGUUCCCUAGCUAAGCCAGCCCCAGCUUGCUUAAGACUCCUUGAACACAGUACCUUUUUUCCAGGGUGUCUCUGCGUUGCCGUACUUCUUUUCCAGAACUGCUUUCUUCUUUACUUUGGGCCUUUUUUUUCUUCUCCCCCUCACUCCCUUGUAUCACAGAUCUGCAUGCUACAAUUUUUACCCCCUCCAAAUGAGUUGGCUCUGGUUUAUAUAUGCCCCAGAUCCCUCCCACUCCCAGCAUCCUCUAGAAAAUGGUUAAUUGGAGUCAGCUGCCUGGGUUCCCUGUCAGAUAAGUGAGUGCUCAGGCUGGAGGAGGCCACAAAGUGUCUUUUAUCAGUACAGUUUUUUUUCCCCUUUUCUGUACAUAAGCUGUACUGUUGUACCUGAAGUAGGGAUCUACGUGGCUGUAGCUGUGUAAGUAUAAUUAAUGCCAUGCAGGGUAGGUCCUUAGCCCAUUUACAGGAUAGGAAAGCUAAGGUACAGUGCUAUCUUCUACCUUCUUCUAUGUGUUUUCUAGGUGAACUGGAAUGCUCUUUUAAAAAUAGCGCCGAAUUAACAGAGUAACAUGUCUGCAAAGACCGUAGCUAUGAAACCUCCCUUUUCAGACAGCCUGCAGAAAGAAAAAUGCCUGCUGCAGAAAGCCAGGAAUAUCUGACAGGAAAACAGCAGUGCUACAAUACAUUCAUUUUUCAACUUGUGAAGGCUGUCAGUUGUAGCAAAAUGAGAAACUUCAGACACCUGCAGAACUGUACCACUUCUUACAAGUGUUAAAUUACAUGGAAGUUGUCAUCUUAAGUUCCAGCAUGUUUUCUUGUUGAUUUGUGUCACUUUUUCCUAGUAAAAGAACAUUGUUCUCACUCCUGUGAAAGUGCCACGAGACCCUUAAAUGGAAGGCACUGAAGAAAUGCAACAAUGGCACUUACAACAAGAGAUGUAAAAUGCUGUGGGGGUUUUCUUUUUAAGAAACUCUCGGUUCAUCUGUUAGUUAUUUUCUGUAGUAUUAAUCAAGUGGCUGACAGUCUAGAAGUUCUUGUAGAGCAUUUUACUACCAAAUUAACUGUGAAGUAGCAUAGCAUUGACUGAAGUGUUUGGUGCUGAAAGAAUAAUUCUUGACAAUAGGCGCUGACAGGUUGUCUUGCAAAGAAAAGCCAUGCAGCUCUCUUAACUAAAGGAAGUCGUGAUUUUUCUGUGCCCCAACUCCACCUGAAGUUUACUACAUAGAUUGUACUACUGAAAGUCAUCGUGUGAAUACAGAAACUGCACUAAACUCAGUCUGCUGCAGAGAAAGCUUAUUUCAGACCUGACCUAGUUGCAGGUAGCUCUUCAGAAAACUGGUUGUAGAAUUCUUCCUUUGCAUGUUAAAGUCCAUAAAUAAAUACUGUGAGAUUUGAGAUCUUGAACACAGCUUUUAACCUGGAUUUUGUCACUAAAAUAAGUGUCUUGACUCAUCUCCUCAUUGAAUAAGGUAUACACUUCGAACACAAGCAUUGUUUUAGGUUCAAUUAUGUUCUGAUACUGCAGAAAAGCAAACUAUUUUCCUUCAAAACUAUGCAAAAUGUGUGUGCAGUGCCAUCUGAUGCAAAGACGAGUUCGUACAUUUCUGUGAACCUGGCUUUGGGCCCCAGCCGAACAGCAUUUCUCACAGUAGCAGCGGUGUGGAUCGGUGAUGUUCGAUGCGGUUUAAAUGUAGCAUACUGACCAGCCUAAGCUGAUUGUAAACUCACUUCAAAAUGUCUUUGCCAUUUUACUAUAAGAUGACUAUUUUCAUAUAAAGACUGCAUUUGAUCAGUUUGUGGUUUUCUUUGAAGGACUCUCUCACUUCUCAGUCGCUUGUUGCUUGCUUACAUGUGUGCUGUCUGUUGCUUUAUGAAGCCUCCUGAACUGGAGUGCUAACCCAUCCGUGUAGAUGUUCCCUGGGGGCGCCAGGUAUUCGUACUAUGAAGCAUGAGAGUCUGCAAGUGACGGCUUCGAUCUAUGCACCAUUAAAAUCGUUCAUGCUUUUGAACUAGCAGCCGGUUUAAUCACCAGGUGCCACACUAGUUAACUAUCAUGACAGGCUUACUGUUUGACGUCCUCCUGUUGUGUACGUGUGUAUAUAGACAUUGGAGCCUCCGACCAGUCUGAAAGUUUAAAUGAAAACUGUUGUAAUCAGUGUCCAUCACUGGAUAAGCGCUAAUUUAAUUCAUGAUUGUUUACAAAUUGGAAAGAAUAAACAAAAGGGAAUAUCCUGUCUGGGUUGGGGCUCUGAAGAGCCUGAGCAUUAUUUUUGUAAAGGGAAAUACAGCAUUCUUUGUGCCAUUUCAUGUGCCUGUAAAGUAAUUUUUUAAUAUUAUAUUAACAUCCUGGGAACGAGUGGGCUGCCUUUUGUUUUCUAGUCAAGUUUUCAAGCAUAUUUUCUCAAUACCUGCAUUUGAAAGUGAGACCUGCCUAAAAGACUGCCUUUUGGGACCAGUGAAAGCAUUCUUGUAAAGCUGUCAUUUUCUGUUCUGUUAAAUGAAAAUGUUUUUUGAGACAAGGAUACAAUUAUUGCAGUGGGAAAGGUGGCCUUGUAUUCGAGACAGUCUUCACUGUGUAAACUUUAAAACCCAAUAUGUAAUUUAAAGACCAUGAACUUCAGGCAAUAAUAUUAAAGUGUAAGCUUUUAAAGUUUA